CAGUGGUUUGGUUGUUAGCACAUUUGUCUCACAUGUGAAUGUGUGUGUGUGUGUGUGUGUGCAUGCUCUCUCGGUGCUUCAGGGUUCCCUCUGUGUAAUCCAGUUUCCUCACCAAGACAUGUGUUUUGGCAUCUCAUAAUUGUUCCUACUGUGUGAAUUGGUGUGUGUGUGUGUGUGUGUACUGCCCUGCAGUAGGUUGGCACCAAGUUCAGGGUUUUCCUCACUUUCUACCCCAAGUCCCAAGGGAUACACUUCUGAUGGAUGGAAAUCAUUGAUCAAAACGAGCACCACAUGAUUAUAAGACAUGAUCAGUGAAUGUUGCUGUCUAUAUCUUGUGUGUGCUUUAAUUAAUGAUCUUAUUUACAAAUUUUCUGUAAUAUAAUAAUUCUUGGAUGACUACAAUUUUUAAUAAUGUAUACUUUGGUUACAGGAAGAAGUAAUUUACCAAUGCCUCAACAUCUAGUUGAAUAUAUAGUUUACAUUAUUAUAAAUAAUAUAAACGUGUCUAGAAUGCUCGUCAUUCAUAACAAUUAAUAUAAAGAUAUUUUGCAAUUAUAUACUAAUACACUUAAUUUUACAAGACAUCGUUGUACUCAGUAAAAUCACGUCUUUGAAUCGGUUGAAUCGAUUCCUGAUUACUCGAAUCAGAAUCAGAGUCGAAUCCAAAAUUACAGGAAUCGAACAGACCUGCUGCGAGUCAGGGAUCGCGCAUGCGCGCUACCGAAGCAACAAAAGCACGAGGCUGAAAUAGCAGUGGGGUGAAUUAGAUAAAAAGCCUCCGAGCUCCGGUUCUCAAAGGCCUUCAUCUGCAACAAGAGCGACAAACCGUCCUGCUUCUGCUCCAGUGAAGAAGCCGGCUCAGAUGGACUUGCUGGCUAAAGAAGAGGAAUACAAGAGACUUAAUGCAGAACUGGAGGCUAAAACAGCUGAGCUGGUGCGGCAGGCGGAGGAAGUUAUGAGGGAACAGAAUGAGGUGCUGUCGAAGCCCAUCGCAACCCACCUGAGCCUCGAUAUUGCAGACGACUCUGAGGAAUUCAGGGACACUCUCAUGUCCUCAGCACACCAGUCAACAGCGAAGGCAGUGACAGAAAAAAAGUCUAUAAAAUCAGGAAAGCUGAACAGACCUCCAUCAGCUCCCAGAAAGACAACACAAAAAAAGAUCCCCUCGGUCGUGGAUGAUGUGGCACUGCCGGAGGAUUUUACUGAUUUCUCUUUGGCCAAGACUAUAAGCAACCUGGAGGGCAGUGUAAGCGAUGAUGUCACAGCCGAGCAACCCAAGGACGAUGUCCUGCCGAGCGCCGGGGAAGAGAUGGGUGCAGAGGCUCAGAUUCGCUUCCUGAAGGCCAAACUCCGAGUGAUGCAGGAAGAAUUAAACAGACUCUCACACGAAUACAACAAGAAGGACGAGGAGAAUGGAGUGUUGAGCAGUAAGCUGAAGGAGGUGGAGGAAGAUCGAGGCAGACUCCAGAGGACCACCAACAUGCAGCAGACGCAGUUAGAGAAGCACCGAGCGCUGGCUGAAGACUCUAACAGGACCUGCGACGGCCUGCGCAGUCAAGUCACCGCGUUACAGAAGGAGGUGGAGGGGAUGAAGAGAGCUCAGAAACAGGCGUCCAGCAGCCACAAUGCCACUGAGGUGAGACUGAACCGAGCUCUGGAGGAGGCCGAGAGGAGCAAAGCUGAACUCAACAAGCUCAAACAGAGCAGCAGGGACUUGGCGAAUCAGGAGCAGCAGAAGAUUGAAUCUUUACAGGCCGAGAAUAAAAAGCUGGAGAAACAGAAAGCUGAACUCCUCACAGGCUUUAAGAAGCAGCUCAAGCUUAUCGAUAUUUUAAAAAGGCAAAAGAUGCACUACGAGGCAGCGAGGAUGAUGUCCUUUACCGAGGAGGAGUUCAUGAAGGCUCUCGACUGGGGAAAAUCCUAAUUGAUGUUUAUAAUGGCUGGACUGUAAAUGGAUUAUUAUAUUUCUUUUUGUUCAGUUUUAUAGUUUUAUCUGCUUCUCUUAAAAUGACAGUGUUUGAUAAUAUGUUUUGAUUUUUUUUUUUUUUACUAUUUAAAGGAAAUAUCAAUGAUAGGAUUCUUGAGCAGGUAUUUACCGCAGAACUUAAAGGCAAUGCAUUGAACCUGGAAAUUUACAGACAUUCUGGAAAUAUUUUGGAAAACGGUAAAAGCCAUCAAAGCAGUAUAAUCUUUUGUAUUUUAAUUUUAAAGUGUUUUGCUAUUAUAGGAAAAAAUAUUUUUACAGCAAUUUUUAUCGAAGGAUGACACACACCAUCAUUUUUUUUAUUCCUUUAUUGUUACAUGUGAUGAAAGAAGCUGGUUCCUGUUUGGUUCUAGCAG